AUGGAUGAGAGAAAAUUUGGGAAACAAAAGCGUGUCGAGAAAAACUUAUCUCACUUGCCCGAGAGACCAAAGGCUCCCCACGAUAGCGGUUUGCUUACCCUACGACAUGAUCACUACACCAUAGCCUGGAUUUGCAGGCUGCCUAUAGAGAUGGUAGCAGCUCAGGUCAUGCUUGAUGAAAAUCACGAAUCCCUGCCUACGCAUGCAGACGACAGUAACACCUACAUACUUGGAAGCAUCAAGCGACAUAAUGUCGCUAUUGUGUAUUUACCACUAGGCAAUGACGGCAACGUGGCGGACUUCAUUGCGAGCAUGAAGCGAACAUUCACCGCAAUCAGAGUGGAAUUGAUGGUCGGGAUUGGUGGAGGCGUGCCGAGCAUGGCUGAUGUUCAUUUGGGUGAUAUCGUCGUCGGAACACGAGUGAUGCAGUAUGAUCUUGGGAAAAUUGUUGAAAAUGGGAAGUUCGAGCGAAUAACAGUAGCUAAGGCUCCUAGUAGUUUGCUUGAGACAGUUGUGAAUGCCCUUCGGGCGAAGCACAAAUCAUCACCCAGUCGAAUCUCGUCUAUCCUACAACAAAGGCUGGGAAAAACCUCUGGGUAUGGCCGCCCAAAAUCACCAGACCGUCUUUUCCUGGCAACAUAUGACCAUUUAUCACCGUCAGCAGCUAGCUGUGAUGAAUGUGAUCAUUCAAAGUUGGUGCCACGAAGCGAACGGGAAUCAGACGAUAUUGUGAUUCACUACGGCCCAAUCGCUUCGGGGAAUCAAGUCAUGAGACACGGCGUCGCUCGGGAUAACGUUGGUCGAGAACUCAAUGUUGUAUGUUUCGAGAUGGAGACUGUUGGCUUGAUGAAUAAUCUGCCUUGUCUUCUAAUUAAAGGGAUCUCUGACUACUCUGAUUCUCAUAGGAAUCAAGAGUGGCAAAGAUAUGCCGCUGCAACUGCGGCCGCGUAUGCAAGGGAAUUGCUAGAAGAGCUACCUGAGACCAGUCAUGAUUCCCUCAGGUUUGAGCAAACCGAUGCUCCUGGAUUAACCAUUGAACCGAUUCAAGCCAAAGCAUGUCAAUGGUUUCUCGAUCACCCCGACUACAAAGCAUGGAUGGAUCCAAAGAAACUGACCCAUCAUCAUGGCUUUUUGUGGAUCAGUGGCAAGCCAGGUGCCGGCAAGUCAACAAUCAUGAAGUUCUUAUACCUACACAUGAAGAAAAACACCCGCCAUAACGAUAGCGUCAUUGCCUCCUUUUUUUUCAACUGUCGUGGCCAAUACUUAGAAAGGUCGACCUUAGGGAUGUAUCAAUCCUUAUUACGCCAGCUGCUUGAAGGAUACCCUGACCUGCAGACUAUUCUGGAUAACCACGAGUUAGUUUCACAAAGCCAAAGUUCCAACAGAUCCCUAAAUGUCCUCAAGAGUCUCCUAUACGAAGCGAUUUUAGCUCUCCGUCAACGCUCGUUUAUCUGCUUUGUCGAUGGUCUCGACGAGUGUGAUGAGCAACAAGUUAUGGAUAUGGUCCAGUAUUUUGAAGACCUAGCGGAACAGUCAACAGCCAAAGACAUCUCAUUUCGAAUUUGUUUCUCCAGUCGACACUACCCCUAUAUUCCUUGUCGACAGGGAAUCCGACUUACACUGGAAGAUCAGUCUGGCCAUUUAGAAGACUUGGCAAUAUACGUUACAAACCGACUUCAAGUUGAAGACCAAGACCUACGAUAUCAACUUCUCAGUAAAUCUGCUGGUGUUUUUAUAUGGGUCAUUUUAAUGGUCGCCCUUCUUAGCAAGGAGAGACGAAAGGGUGAACUGUCUUUAAGAAAGAGACUCGCAGAAGUACCCAGUGGCCUAAGCGAACUAUUCAAGGAUAUCUUGAGACACGACUGUGAAAGAGAAGAGGAACUCCGGCUUUGCAUCCUCUGGCUUCUCUGCGCAGCGCGGCCUUUGCAACCGAAUGAGUUCUAUCAUGCGCUCCACUCCGGUUUGUCGCCAAUGGGUCUAGUAGAUGACAAGAUCCCAGAUGUCACCGUACCAGGUGCUAUUGAUAGGUCUAACAGACUUGUUAUAAGUUCAUCGAAAGGACUUGCUGAGAUCUCGAAUUCUACGCGUCCAAUAGUUCAAUUCAUCCAUGAAUCUGUCCGAAACUUCCUUAUCAAAGAGAAAGGUCUGUAUGAAUUGUGGCCGGACAUUGGAUCCGACUGGAUAAGCCCAAGCCAUGAGAUGCUUAAACAAUGCUGCAACUUCUACAUCAAUGAUACCUCGGUGCGUGCAUCUGUGAGUAAGUUGCAAUUUGAGUUCAAACCCGACGCACGGACGGAAAUUGUAAAAGUGUACCCGUUUUUGGAGUAUGCUAGUCAAUACAUCCUCUACCAUGCCAACACUGCGGCAAAAGUGAUUCCACAAGAUGAAUUCCUAUCUUCUUUUCCCGUUUCUAACUGGAUCACCAUCAAUAAUCUUUUCGAAUUUGAUACGGUCGAUGAAUACAGCCUGGAUGCAAGCCUUUUUUAUAUCCUUGCAGAUAACGGAUUCUCUGAGCUCAUCCGCACAAGGCUCAAAGCGGACCCGGAAAGUCAUAUUAUUGGGGGAAGGUACAGGUACCCUCUCUUUGCUGCUUUGGCCAAAGGCAACAUGGACACUGUUGCUGCUCUUUUGAAUUUGCCCACGAACAUUUACAAAGGAGUCGAUAUUAUAGAGGACCUGAACUCCGGGGAAGACUUGAAGAAUUACACAAAUCGAACCCCGCUAUCUUGGGCAGCUCAGGGUGGCCGGACAGAGAUUUUCGAACUACUUCUUCAGACGCAAACGACCGUCAAUGACGUGGAUUGGGAGGGGCGCACACCACUUUCACGCGCUUCGGAGAAUGGCCACGAGGCUGUAGUGAGGUUGGCUAUUGACAAAGGAGCAGAUGUCAAUGCCAACGACAAAAAUGGAUUGACACCCCUUCUAUGGGCCUCUCAGAAUGGUCACGAUAAGGUGGUCAGGCUUCUUAUCGAUGGGGGAGCAGAUGUCCACAAUGCUAAGAUCAUGGAAACUGCGGUCGCAGCGACGGCGACAAGUGAGUUAAAUAGGCGAGCAGUCCUGAGGCUCUUUCUGGAUCGAAUAGGAGAUGAGGUUAUUAUCACGGAAGCUGUGGCUAUAGCCGCGGUAAGCAACAGCUCAAAUGGACGAGCACUCCUGGAGCUCUUGCUGGAUCGAAAAGGAGAUGAGGUGAUCAUCACGGAAGCUGUGGCUAUAGCUGCGGUAAGCAAUAGAUAUAAUGGACGAGCACUCCUGGAGCUCUUGCUGGAUCGAAAAGGAGAUGAGAUUAUCAUCACGGAAGCUAUAGCUAUAGCCGCGGUAAGCAACAGCUUAAAUGGACAAGCGCUCCUAGAGCUCUUGCUAGAUCGAAGAGGAGAUGAGAUAAUCAUCACGGAAGCUGUGGCUAUAGCUGCGGUAAGCAAUAGCUUAAAUGGACGAGGACUCCUAGAGCUCUUGCUGGAUCGAAAAGGAGAUGAGAUUAUCAUCACGGAAGCUAUAGCUAUAGCCGCGGUAAGCAACAGCUCAGAUGGACAAGCGCUCCUGGAGCUCUUGCUAGAUCGAAGAGGAGAUGAGGUGAAUAUCACUGACAAGAUAUUGCGAGUGGCUGCGGAGAAUUUUGCAAACAGAGAUGGCAUCAUAAAACUUCUGUUGGAUCGAAAAGGAAACGAUAUCAAGAUCACCGACGGCAUCGUGCAAGUGGGCGCGGUGAAUGAAGCAAUUGGAAACAUCGGACCUAAAAAAGACGAAAAGUCAACCCAAAUCUUCAGUUCUGUCGGGAAGGGCCUUGAUCCCUUUACAGAAGGCACUCCAUUUUUCCGUGGAAGUUUGGCACCGAACAGUUCCAACUACGUGUCCGAUCAAAUUUUUUCUGCGGAGCAACGCUCGACGUUGAAUACUCAAAGAGCUUCGCUCUCAGAUGUUGAAGAUCUACAAACAGCCUAUUCGGAUACUUUAACCAUGAAUCAUUCAGUCAAGGAGAUUUACAUCGACAAGCUCGUUCGUGAGCUUCUCAAACAUUUUUCGCCUUUCCAGAUGGACAGGUCAUCCAUGAGGCGUAUCACAGAUGCUAUGCCUGAUUGCCUGAAAGCAUUUUCCUUGAGACUUGGGUCAAACGAAUUAUCUCAACAUGUCCACCGAGAAGUCCCUGCGUUUAUUCGAAAAUAUCGACAGUAA